CCCACUCCCACCCUCCCCCCUCGGCGCUCCCAUCCCGCCGCCCCCGUUCCGGGCUCUCACUCCUCGCCCAACCCCAAGGCCUCACCUUUCCGCGAGUUUCCUCUCCGGCGGCUACCCCCGGAUCCGGCUUUGGCUCCCGUGGAUUGACGCGCCGCCUCCUCCCGGCCGAGACGGUGGGUUUCACCGGGACUUCCCGCGCCGGAAGUGGCGAGAUUCGCCGGCUCAGAUCCGUUGUUCCGCUUCGAGGAGCAGUGUGCUCGUGGCCGGAUCUGCAUUGCAGCGGAGGGGAUUAGCGUGGAGGAGACGACGUCCUCUGUGGUGGCACCGAUCUGCUCCUCGGCUGUAGAUCUGGAAGGACUGGGGGUGACCUGCUGCUGCAAGCUGCCUCAGGUGUAUUGGAAAGCCAAUCCCCCACCGAAACAUCAUCACUGCAAGCGUAACUGUCCAUGGAGGCUCUUGUGGUUUUCCCGGAGCAGCGCAACCACCAUCACCGCCACCCUGGUGCCCGUAGAAAGUCAUCGGGACCACACUUCUCAUCACCACCUCCCUCUCGUGACUUCCAUGGAAUGAACUGCCGGUCUUUCCACUCUGGUGGUGGCUACAUGGGUGUUCUCGCUUCUCCACCACCCCCACCUGCCCGCACCUACUCGUCCCCAGAGCCCAAGACACCCAAACAGCAGCAGCCACGUCAUGGUGGCAAGCGCAGUCGACCCAUUUCCAUAAGCCCCUCCACAUCUCCUCCCUCCCGGUCUGAGCUGUGGGCGGGGCCAGCAUUUUCCAACUCACCACCCCCCAGUUCACUGCCCAUCCCCAAAUUCUCCCUCCGCCAGAAGCGCAGCAUUUCUCUUGAGCUGCCACCAGUUGAGCGCUCAGAUGAUGUGGAGGUCAGGCCGCAUGCUAAAUCAGCUCCUUCAUCCCCAGUUGGGGGAGCAGGGUAUGAAUUCUUCAAUGACAAUGAAACUGCUAGUGCUAUAGCAACGGAGAAUCUGAGGAGGAUUCUCCAGUUGGAUAUAGCAGAUCGUUGAAUAUUAGGAGGAUGGAAGGGUGGUUCCUGUGUACAUAGGUUAUCUUCAACUGACAGCUUUUCUUCCUGCAUAGUAGUGUAUAGGGUAAUGGUCAUAAAUACCUGGUGGUUGUAAGAUAUGGUCAGGAUCAUGGUUGUGUAGUUCCUAGGUGAAGGAUCUCAGAAAGUUAGUUAAAAGUGAAACUGCCAUGUUGGUUGUUGUGAAGGUGGAUUCUAGGUUAAGGAUGGGGUGGAUGGCAGUUGAUAGUAUUCACCUAUAUGCUUUCUUGGUUUGUUAGGUGUAGAAUUUAGCAUUGCAUCAUUAGCAUCCAUAGUACAUGUUCUGAACUUACAGUGGCACUCUGCCAAAGCAGCAGUCCCAUCUCCAGCAUGCAUCCUAGUCCCCAAUCAGAUGUCAAAUAUUUGUAGGGUACCUGCAUUUCAUGCAUCUUGCAUAUCCUUGCAUACUUAUUUCCUUCUAUGCUCUAGCCAACUGGUUGCCACACUAAUUAUCCUGGCUUCCUGGUGCUCUGCAAAGAGCAGUAGAACACCAUCAUCUCCUUGCCGGCUUCUUCUAGUUUUUUUUAAGGAAGAAGCUGGUUGGAAGAUGCAAGAAGUCCCUGUUAUCUCUUCCUUCUGUUCCAAUACUAACUUCACUAUGCAUUCUCCUUGUUGCAUAUCCAGCAUACCAUAUCUGCUGCAUCUCCACACAGCUUAGGUUCACAUAGUGCCCCUGCAUUGCAUCUCGCAUCGAUCCUUCAGUCAGUCGCAUUCUCAUUCAUUCCCACUCAGUUCAUGGACCACUUUAUGGGUUCUGAUUUUCUUCAAGUCUUGAAUGAUCCUGAGAGAAAGUCAGACUCUGGAGCCCUGCAACGCAUAUAACCCCUGAUGAGGUUUGGUUGCGUGCGAAGUUCUACCCUGUUCUGUAGACAUAAUGCCAUAGUUCCUGCUAGUGUUACAUGCCUUUGGAGCCUUGUAGUUUCAGCACUAGCAGUGAAGCAGUAUAUGCUGGACCUAGACUAUUAGUUAUCUGAAAUGCCAAGUUUGGUUUUCUGUCUCGUGUUAUGCUGUUAUCAGCAGAUGCUAUUAGGUUCUGUGUUAGUUUUAUGUGAUAAUGGUUCUAUGCCAUGGACUAGUUCAUGAUGUCAGAACUAGAAACAGUUGCUCAGAGCCUAAUUAUAUCAGGUUAACUAUGGUAAGUUUAUUAGCGGAUGUUGUCUGUUGUGAGCUGGUGUUUGACAGUUUUCUGUUGUGCAUGGCUAGCUAAUUACAUCCAGUGACAUGAUUUCUUGGGU